UUUCAGUGCCCUCCUCGGGGCCCUCAGUUGGGCCAGUCCCGCGGUUUCAAUGAAUCAGAGCGCGGGUGCCGAACUGAGGAGGCGCCGGAGGGUCGGCCAGCGGGUCCCAAGCUGGUAGAAUCGCCCCGGUCCCGGUUCGGGGGCUUCGGAGCCUUCCCGCCCAGUGAGUCCGAUGGCGGAGGCCGCGCCCAGGCGCCCGACUGAGGAUAUGAACUUUGAGGACGUGGCCAUUGCCUUCUCUCAGGAGGAGUGGGGGCUCCUUGAUGCGGCUCAGAGACUUUUGUACUGCGAGGAGAUGCUGGAAGUGUUUGCACUUGUAGCCUCCGUGGGUUGUUGCCAUAAAACAGAUGACGAGGAGGCCUGUUCUGAGCAGAGUGUGUCUGUAGGAGAGUCACAGGUCAGGGCGUCUGAGACAGCUCCAGCCACUGAGAAAACACAUUCCUGUGAGUGUUGUGUCUUGGUCUUGAAAGAUAUUCUGCACCUGACUGAGGGCCAACCAGCCUACCUUGAGCAGCGAGCCUUCUUCAGUGACACAUACGUGAGAGGCUUCUGUCUCCCUGCACACGUUCACCAGCAGCAGAGGGAAGCCCGGGGAGAGAAGGCCGGGAAAGGGCUCAGGGCCUCGUUUAGGACCUGGUCCACCUCCGUAUCCAUGGCGCCUUUCCCCUAUAGGGAGGUCGGGGAGGACCUUCCAGCCAUUUCAGGUGGUUGCCAGCAUCCACCUUACAGGUGCAGCGAAUGUGGGAAAACCUUUAGACGAAACUAUAACCUCCAUCAACAUAGGAAAGUUCACACUGGAGAAAAGCUAUAUGAGUGUCGUGACUGUGGGAAGUCUUUCAUCCAGAACUCUAGCCUCACUGAACACCAGAGAUGUCACACUGGAGAAAAGCCAUAUGAGUGCAGUGUGUGUGGGAAAUGCUUUGGACAACGCUGGAGUCUUACUCAACACCGUCAAGUUCAUUCAGGAAAAAAUCCUUUUGAGUGUAGUGAAUGUGGGAAAUCUUUUAACCGCAAAUCCCAACUUAUCAGACACAAGACUGUUCACACUGGAGAAAAGCCGUAUGCAUGUUGUGUCCGUGGAGAUUCUUUUAGCCUAAGUUCUGCCCUCAUUCAACACCAGAAAGUUCACACUGGAGAAAAGCCAUAUGAGUGUAGUGAUUGUGGAAAGUCCUUCACUUGUAGCUCUAAGCUCAUUGAGCACCACAGAGGUCACACGGGUGAAAGGCCUUACGAGUGCAGGAAAUGUGGGCAAUCUUUUAGGCGCAAAGAUUACCUCCUGAACCAUGAGAGAGUUCACUCUGGAGAAAAGCCUUAUGAAUGCAGUGAAUGUGGUAAAACCUUUGGAAGAAAGUAUAACCUCUUCCAACAUAGGAAAGUUCACACAGGAGAAAAGCCAUAUGGCUGUAGUGACUGCGGGAAGUCAUUCAGCCUAAAAGGUAGCCUCACUGAACACCAGAGGUGUCACACUGGAGAAAAGCCAUAUGAGUGCAGUGAAUGUGGAAAGUUCUUCACUGAAAGCACUGCUCUCAGUAAACACCACAGAGUUCACACUGGAGAAAAGCCACAUGAGUGUAGAGAUUGUGGGAAGUCCUUCAGGCGAAUCUCUAUUCUCACAGAGCACCGGAGAGUUCACACUGGAGAAAAGCCAUAUGUGUGUAGUGACUGUGGGAAGUCCUUCAGACAGAGUUCUACCUUGACACGGCACCGGAGAGUUCAUACCGGAGAGAAACCUUAUGAGUGUAGUGCAUGUGGGAAGUCUACAGAGUUCACAAUCCGCCGUGGCUGCUGA